AUGGAUAUCCCAGUUGAUUUUCACUACGACGAGGUUAACUUCUAUGAUGAACAGGAAUCUGGAGAACCACCAGCACCAUUAGGUGCCCUAGCAUACCUCAAAGGAAGCUUUGACGGGACGGGCCUGAAUACAAUCUUUCGCCCGAACUGCGGACCGCCACCAUUGGGAACAAAAUUUCAUAGGCCGGUCUCGCCAGUUCCCCCAACGUUUCCCAGUGAUAACGUGUUGGAGCUGAAUCUAACAGCUGACCAUAUAACGUUCUCCUCGAGGUCCUUGGGAAGAGUUCCCAACCGAGGAUUCGGGUCACAGAACGACAUCACUCUCAAUGGCGUAUCUUAUGUACAGCAUGUCAAUGAUAUGACAAACGUCAAGACUGGACUCGGGAAUAAACCAAAGCCCACUGGUAUUCACUUUGAGACUGGGUUAUGGAUGAAUAUUCCAGCUACCAACGUUAAUCCAGUCCUCAAUGAAUCACUCACCCGUAUGGGAUCCAUUCCCCAUGGCACAACUAUCAAUGCUCAAUGCCUGUUUCCUACAUCGACCCAGGACGGGCCCCCCAAUAUCCUACCAGUCAGCAUAAAGCCAUUCGCUGAGGGUAACAUUCAUGAAAAGGUACACGGAAUUCAUAGUCUACAUGUCGAUAAGAAAAAUACGCCUAGAUUGCCUCAAGAUCUCACCAAGUUCAUCGCUACCGGUACGAUAAAUCAAGCAAUCCUAGACGACCCGAAUACUGUUCUACGUACCGCAAUUGAAGGAUUGAACAUUACCGAGACUAUUACCUUUGCGGUAUCUACGGAACCCCCAGCUCCAGAGUUCGGCGGUGGGACAGCUAAUAUCGCGUUCUUGAACGGUACCCCUGGCGCCACAAAUCCCAAUGCUCACAUCAAUAAAAUGAAGGCCCAGUUCUGGAUCGAGAAGGUACAAUGGCCCCUCGAAAUCCCAGUUUAUAAACCCGGACAAGCACCUCUUCAGAUCUCGCCCAAGAACGCACGGUCAGGACUGCCCACACCUGUAUUUCAGGUCAGCCCGCCGUAUGAGAUCACUAAACCGAGGACGAUAACCGCACCCGCAAUACUGAUUCAGUAUUCCCAAGUUGUGUUUAUGACUUUUGACCAGAUCACCUGGCCCCAUAUCUCAGUGUCGACGCUGGCUCCAUCAGACCCUAUACCAGUACCAGACUCGGUCUGGAGUUAG